ACAUAUACAGUCAAAAUAGAUCCCACCAGACAAUGGGGUCAAUGGGACGGUUGGGGUACAUCACUGGCCUGGUGGGCCAAUGUAUUUGGCGAUAGGGAUGAUCUGGCUGAUAUGAUGUUUACAUUGAAAUGGAUUGACUAUCAUAAUAACCAAUCGGUACCGGGACUCGGUUUGAACAUUGCCCGCUACAAUGUAGGUGGGUGCUCGUGGAAUACACUGAUUAGUAGGAACGGUACCACCACUGAGCGUAUGGUUGAAUCGCCAAACAUACCCAAGUUUCGGCAAAUGGAAGGCUAUUGGCUGGACGGCAAAUCGGAGGACAACCCGGAUGACUACCGAAGCUGGAAUUGGACAGCCGAUAGUCGCCAACGUCAGAUGGUCGGUAAAGCCCAGGACAGGGGUGUCGAUCAGUUGGAAAUGUUUUCCAACAGUCCUAUGUGGUGGAUGUUAGCCAAUCUGAAUCCKAGCGGUGCCGGGGAUGGCGGUGAAAAUCUCCGGCCCGACGCCUAUCGUAAGUUUGCCGCCUAUUUGGCUACAGUAGCCAAGUAUGCCCGCGAUAGGUGGAACAUGACGUUCGUAUCGGUUGAACCGUUUAAUGAGGCAACCAGUUGGGGCUGGACUUCCCAGGGUAGUCAAGAGGCCUGUCAUAUUGGACCCGAGGCACAGCAACAGGUUAUCAGAUAUUUGAGACAGGAGUUAGACGGACGUGGACUCAGGGAUGUAUUGGUUUCGGCAUCGGAUGAUAAUACAUAUGACGGUGCCGUAAAAUUGUGGAAAAGUUUCCCCCGAGAUGUCCGUCAAUUGGUCGCCAGGGUUAACGUUCACGGCUAUCAGUAUGCGUAUGGCCAGCGAAAAGAGUUGUAUGAAUUGGUGGGUACGGGUGCCGGAGGUGACGGUAAGAAACUGUGGAAUACAGAGUACGGAGAGGGAGAUCCAUCCGGUAUACCGUUAGCCCAGAAUCUGAUGUUAGACUUGUUUUGGUUACAUCCGACCGCUUGGAUCUAUUGGCAAACGUUUGACGGAUCCGAUUGGAGACUCAUUGUUACAAAUCCGGCUGAAAAACAAUUGGGUCGUCUGAAUCAUAAAUACUAUGUAUUGUCACAGUUUUGCCGACACAUUAGGAAAGGUAUGCAAAUACUAUCAACCGAUCGAUUGAAUACUGUAGCCGCCUAUGACUACCAACAUAAACGUCUAGUUAUUGUUUCCUUAAAUUUGGAUCAAUCAUCAGUUAAUAUUACCUAUGAUUUAACAAUGUUUGCCAAUAUAACUGAGAGGACAGUUGUUAGCCGAUGGACAACACAACCGAAAAAUGAUAAGCGAUUAUAUUUAAUCGAACUACAUUAUGCCCAUGGCUAUUUUGUCAACACAUUUCUAUCGCCGGCAACCAAUCAACGACAAGAUAAAUACGGCGGAUCACUGGCCAAUCGGAUGCGUUUGGGUUUGGAAAUUGCCGACAAAGUACGCCAGGCUAUACCCGCCGAUACUGUACUGGCCGUCCGUAUAUCGUUUACCGAUUAUGCCGAUAAUGGCUGGGAACUGAAACAAUCGGUAGAGUUAGCCAAACAGCUCAAAGCACUGGGAGUUGAUUUGAUUGAUGUCAGUUCCGGUGGUGUUGUAUCGGGUAUUGGCUAUGAAUUUCUCGAUACAUCCAAACAACAACAUUCGGCAGCGGCUGUCAUACAACUAGAGGCCGGCAUACGGACGGCAGCUGUCGGUAAAAUCCGAGAUCCAUUGAUGGCCGAAAAACUACUUCGGGAUAACUGUUCAACAUUUGUAUUCAUCGGUAGGGCGUUCCUCAAUGACCCGCACUGGCCGUACAGAGCCAGCGAUCAACUCAAGGACAGGUCAUUCACAUAUCCCAAACCGUAUGACUGGUGUAUCGGUUGGACAGCGUAUAUGAAAUGGCGUAAAGAUUUAGAUAACAAAUAA